UGCGGCAGCAUUUUGCAAGAUAUGGUAACCCCUGCUCAGGGUUUACAUUCGUGCACCUCGUCAGUGAAACUAGCUACUAAUUUAUAUGGAAGCGUCCCAAACAGUCGCGUGGACAUGCUCCAAUCUUUUUGCAAUUUCGUUUGCUGACAUGACAUCGACAUACGACAGACUGAUAGUCCGCUUCUCAGGCUGCAAAUCCAGAGUUUUGUUCAGUCUUACGUCUCUAACUGCCAGCAAAGAUAGGGAAGUCCUUGCCGUACCUGCAUAUAAGCACGGUCCAGAGGAGUAUUGGUCAAACCUCCUUUUCACUCUCCCAUUUAAAUUGAAGACGGACAGUCUCUGAACUGGUUCCUUCGACUCGUUGAAAUUGUAUCACGAACCGCGAUUCAUCCACAAUCACAAGGGAUCAUGAGUAGCAUGGUCUUUGGUGAUUUGCUUUGGAUUUCUGUCCAACCGCUCAUACGCCUGUUCUUGUGCGUAGGAUGCGGAUUUGGAGUCACGAAGGCAGGACUCCUACCUGCCGCGGGGGCUCGCGGGAUUGGGCUAGUCAUCAUAAAUGUUACGACGCCAAACUCGAUGUUCUCGACGAUUGUACCAUCGUUCAGCUCAUCAAACAUGGCUGAACUCGGCCCUCUGUUUAUCGUUGCGCUGCUCUAUAUGCUCUUUGGUAUAAUCCUGUCGUGGACCAUCAAGCAACUUUUUUGGGUACCCCAUAAAUUCCGCCAUGGAAUUCUCGUGGCUGGAGGGUGGGCAAAUAUCGGUGACAUACCUAUGUCUAUGACCCUGAGUGUAAUGGUGUCAGCCCCUUUCAAUGGAACCCAUGAUCAGAACCUGGCAGUGAGCUAUAUCUCUGUUUUUGUACUGGUGACCUCCGUCACGCUGUUUCCUCUUGGAGGACAUCGGUGGAUUAUGAUGGAUUUUGAUGGUCCCGACUUGGAAAAUGACCAAGUCAAGGAGAGGCUGAAUGCCAAGCACUCGAAGACUCUGUCGAGACUAGCUGCUGGAUUCAUGUAUCUCGGGCGGAUCUUUCUCUUUAAUCAUCCACCAGUCAAGGAAAUUCAUGCCGAAGUCGGUCAAAAUAGCACUGGCGAAAAAGAGUCUCCUCGUGUGACAUUCACACACGAGGACUCUGUCACCACGUGUUAUAGCCCGCCGGAGCAGGAAGAAAUCGGAGUAUUGACAUUACCGAAGGAACAUCUGCCUACUUCUACUAGUUCUCCCUCAUUUGCAUCCAUCCAGCCCAAUCCGCUUCUGACUGACGAAGCCCAGAAAAUCUCCGCGACUACCGGGCACGUUGAGGUAACGCAAGUUCAUUGGUUCAACAAGUUUUCCUGUCGGGCCUCUGGAUUCCUGCGAUCCCUCGUAAACCCCCCGUGUUUGGCGAUCAUCAUCUCAUUCAUCAUCGCUAUUAUUCCUCCAUUGAAGGCACUUUUUGUUCCAGGCGUUCCAGGAACCCACAUACCUUCAGCGCCCGAUGGCCAACCUCCACUCGCCAUUAUCAUGAAAACGUCCAAUUUUAUUAGUGGCGCAUCAGUACCGAUGGGUCUGAUUAUCCUUGGGUCUGCUCUUGCCAGACUACACAUCCCGCGAAACCAGUGGCGUUCCCUCCCUCUCGGUGCCAUCGGAAGUUUGGCUAUCGGCAAACUCGUCGUGAUACCCGUUCUGGGCAUCCUUAUUUGCCAAAAAUUCACCCAUAUCGGACUGAUAGAUCCCUCCAACAAUGUCCUCAGAUUCGUCUGCAUCUUCAUGUCGUGCUUACCCACCGGGACCAUGCAGGUGCUUCUGACUCAAGUGUACUCUGGGACGGGCAAUGCUGAGCAUUUGUCGGCGUUUCUGAUACCCCAGUACAUCAUCAUGUUUCUGUCGAUGAUGGCCAUUAAUUCCUUGACGCUUCAUAUUCUCUUUGGAUGAUGCCCUGAAGUGGGGAUGUAUGAAUCGCGUUGUGUGCUGUUAAGCUGAUAGACGCAUGUUCUUUUCUCCUGGCAAGUCCGUAUUUUACAUGUACUACGUAGAUUCUAGAAUAUACCGGAGCGCCUGUAACUGUAUUUACGACCCCUAUAGAUGUAUGCGCUGUAUGUCGGCACCGGCGAACGCAAUUGAUAGCACGGUUGAAGAUGAUGAUACUGGCUUAUAGUUGUUUUAUCGGAUCAAGAAUUGAACGGUGGUAGCUACAGAGCUGUCAGAGGGUGAACUGGUGACAGCUGUCGAACGAGUUGUGG